ACGCUGGAUGCUUGUCAGGAAGAAAGAGCUGCUGUGUUGAGGCCGAAAACUCAGACACAAGCAGGACUUGGAUACAGGAGUGCCUCCGGGAAGGGAUAUAUGUACUCUACUGGACACUACUAAAUCAUUUUAACUAACUGAUCUCCAGCGCAGCACCGACCGAAUCUCCGUGCACCCGCGUUCGAGGCCGCCCCGGUUCUGUGUGUCGCUGCCUGCUGGUCACAGUAAUCCAGACUCGCUGCUAUUAAUGAGAUUGAGAGGAGACUGAAGCUUGCUGUGUGGCAAAGCACACGCCAAACCUGUCUGAGAUUUAAGUCUUAUCCAGCAGGGAGGAAACCUAAGGGCUCAGCUGUUGCUGCUGGUAGCCAGGGCUAACAGCUGAGGCUGCCACACCGGAUAAACAUCCCGUUCAAGCUCCAACUACAUGGGAACAAGUCAGCGGCGGACCACAGUCUCAUUUUGCGCAAGAACUGUCACUAGUGUCAUUUUGAAGCAGCGCAGUGGGCUUUAUUACUGGGAAUAUAUUUGAUUGAGGCAUCCGAAAAGCAGCAGUUUGAAGCCUCUGCAUCAGUGCCAUGAAUCAGCCUGGACAACAGCUGCUCCCCACAUAGAGGUCACUUUACCUCUCUUUCCAUUUGCUUUGGUCCAGAGGAUGCUGGGAAUGUGUCGCGGGCGCAGGAAGUUCCUGGCGGCUUCUAUUGCCCUGCUCUUCAUCCCAGCACUCACCUGGCUUUACCUGUCAGUCGGGAGCUUUCAAAUGAAGCCCCUCCCCUUGUCUCCAUUGGAAACCCAAUCAUCAACGCCGGUGGGCGGAGCAGGCGAGCGGCAGGCCUUAGAGCUGAGGGUCAGGGCAGUGGAGGAAGAGAACCGGGCACUGCGCCGGGAGCUGAGCCGGCCACCCAGGAGCCCGUCUGCACGCCUUCCAAACGGUGGUCACCGUGGCAACCAAAGCCGAACUCAUUCAGAGGAGGGCACCGGCGACAAUGAGGGCCAGAAAGCUGCUGCAGUGGGAAACAGCUCAGACUGUGUUCAGCAGCCAGUGGUGGAUAAGUGUGAGACGAUCCACGUGGCCAUCGUAUGUGCAGGUUACAACGCCAGUCGAGACGUGGUGACACUGGUUAAAUCCAUCCUUUUCCACAGGCGGAACCCACUCCAUUUCCAUUUCAUCACAGACUCCAUUGCUCAGCAGAUUCUGUCCUCUCUGUUCCAUACCUGGAUGGUCCCUGCCGUCAGGGUCGACUUCUACGAUGCAGAUGAACUGAAGUCUGAGGUGUCAUGGAUCCCCAACAAACAUUACUCUGGAAUCUACGGCCUGAUGAAGCUGGUGCUCACUAAGACGCUGCCAUCCGACUUGCAGAGAGUCAUCGUCCUGGACACAGACAUCACCUUUGCAACUGAUAUUGCUGAACUCUGGGCUGUCUUCCACAAGUUCAAAGGUCAGCAGGUUCUUGGUCUUGUGGAGAACCAGAGUGACUGGUAUCUGGGGAACCUGUGGAAGAACCAUCGACCCUGGCCGGCUCUGGGCAGAGGCUUUAACACUGGCGUGAUUUUGCUUCUCCUGGAUCGUCUGCGGAAGCUGAGAUGGGAGCAGAUGUGGAGGCUGACUGCAGAGAGAGAACUAAUGAGCAUGCUGUCCACCUCGCUGGCAGACCAGGACAUCUUCAAUGCUGUGAUCAAACAGAACCCGUUCCUGGUUCACCAGCUGCCCUGCUUCUGGAACGUCCAGCUGUCCGACCACACCCGCUCUGAGAAGUGCUACAAAGACGUGUCGGACCUCAAGGUAAUCCACUGGAAUUCUCCCAAAAAGUUGCGAGUAAAGAACAAGCAUGUGGAGUUUUUUCGGAAUCUCUAUCUAACCUUUCUGGAGUACGAUGGCAACCUGCUGCGGCGAGAGCUGUUUGGCUGUCCCAGUGAAGCUGACCACAACAGUGAGAACCUUCAGAAGACUCUGUCAGAGCUGGACGAAGAUGAUCCUUGCUACGAGUUUCGUCGAGAACGAUUCACCGUCCACCGAACGCACCUCUACUUCCUCCACUACGAGUAUGAGCCCAGCCCUGACAACACCGACGUCACUCUAGUCGCCCAGCUCUCUAUGGACAGGCUCCAGAUGUUGGAGGCCAUUUGUAAGCACUGGGAAGGCCCCAUCAGCCUGGCCCUCUACCUGUCGGACGCUGAGGCCCAACAGUUCCUGCGCUACGCUCAGGGCUCCGAGGUGCUGAUCAGCCGUGGGAACGUCGGUUACCACAUCGUCUACAAAGAGGGACAGUUCUACCCAGUCAACCUGCUGCGUAAUGUGGCCAUGCGGCAUGUCAACACACCUUACAUGUUCCUAUCAGACAUCGACUUCCUGCCCAUGUAUGGCCUGUAUGAGUACCUCAGGAAGUCAGUGAUGCAGCUGGACAUGGCCAACGCCAAGAAAGCUCUGGUGGUUCCAGCCUUUGAGACAUUGCGAUAUCGUCUGUCUUACCCAAAGUCCAAGGCUGAGCUGCUCUCUCAGCUGGACAUGGGCACACUCUUCACCUUCAGGUAUCAUGUGUGGACUAAAGGCCACGCACCAACUAACUUUGCCAAAUGGCGGACAGCCACCACGCCCUACAGGGUUCAGUGGGAAGCUGACUUUGAGCCCUAUGUCAUGGUGAGGAGGGACAGUCCUGAGUAUGACCGCCGCUUUGUGGGCUUCGGCUGGAACAAGGUGGCUCACAUCAUGGAGCUGGAUGCACAGGAGUAUGAGUUUGUGGUUCUGCCCAAUGCCUACAUGAUCCACAUGCCUCAUGCGCCCAGCUUCGAUAUCACCAAGUUCCGCUCCAACAAGCAGUACCGGGUCUGCCUCAAAACCCUGAAGGAGGAGUUCCAGCAGAACAUGUCGCGGCGCUACGGCUUCGCUGCCCUAAAAUACAUGACAGCUGAGAACAACAGCUAGCCACCACUGCAGACCCUCACAUCCCCGGCUCUGAACUAUCAACACAAUCCAUGGGCUGGGGAAGGGGGGGGGCACAGGAAACAGACCCAUGUGAGGCCAUCAGGUUACUUUGAGACUUGAGUCCCUCAGACUUUGUUAGAACGUUUGACCCUCAGUGUGGGACUGCAUGGGUCUUUAUGUUCAUUCUUUGGCCUCUGCUGUGGAUGGAAGGAAUAAUCCAGGAGGAGAUCCCUUCUGCCAGGAUGAAAAAGCUGUGAAAGACAACAUGAGUGACUGCUAGGCACGGACCCCAACUGUGUGGGCCCUGAGCUCUGGCUCUGAAAUCUGACUGACAGCAGGCAAGAAAAGCAGACAUUCAAUGCCUUGUCCUAUUUGUAAGGCCAGUGACAAAGUUGUGGGCUGUGUGUAACCUUAUGUAUGUAAGCGUGUGAGUGUGUGUACAUGCAGGUAGAUGUGACUGUGUGUGUGUUUCUCCAGGACAGUGCUUAGCAAAAAGCUUAAGGAGAGCUGCAGAUGUGAAGCAUUGUGGGCUUACAUUCUGACUGACAGCACUCCCCGACUCAAAUGCAAAUCGUCACCAGGCGGCAAGAUAAGACAAAGCGGUAAACAUGUCCACACAGAUUUCGAAUAUCUCAUUGUGACGAGUGACACACACUCACAUAUUGAGGCGAGCAGCCAGCCAGCCGGCCAUCUGCUGCUUCUUAAUUUGUUUCCUAGCUGAUGCAUAUCAGAAUAAAUCCUUCUCCUCACAUGACAAGGAAAGUUAAGUGCAAAGAUGGCUUGAGGUCGUCCAUGCGGUUGAUAUUCAGGGUAUCUCCACAUCAGCCUGAGCGUGCUGCUAGAGAAUGUUUCCAGUGUUCUGUUACGACUACAGAAUCUGACAGCAGCUGGUGCAGUGUGCUUUUUUUUGUGUGUAUUUUUAAAUGGAUGCCAGUGCGGUAUGCACAGACACCUGCUGGAAGACCUGUCAGUUUGUGAGGCUGCCCCAUCACAUCGAGCAGCACGAGGAAAUGCACUGAGCUCACGGUUUACUUUUCUUUCCAACAAUCAGUAUUAUUUAUCACUAUGUUUACAGUCCUGAUGGGUGGAGCAAGAAGGGGUAUUGUCUCCGGAUCUGAGGAGGACAGCAAAGAGAGUUUAAAACUCAGAUCACUUGCGGUCAGGAGAGAUGCUCUUUCUGUCUUUCACUCUCACCAUUUCUUUCUCACUCUGGCCUCUAGUUUGACGACAUUAUCGUGGCCUAUUUGUGUUGUCACACAUCAUGCGGCUUGCUGUGGUAAUCCUGAUAUGGGUUUGUUAUGGAUAUGCUGUUCAGCUGUUACAACUCCUGUAGCGUGUGUGUCAGGUACAUCGAGAGAGAGAGAGAAAGAGAGAGAGAAGAGAGAGAGAGAGAGAGAGAGAGAGAGAGAGAGAGAGAGAGAGAGAGAGAGAGAGAGAGAGAGAGGAGCGAGAGAGAUGAGAGAAAGAAAGAUGACAGAAAGAGAACCGAGAGACUCUCUUGAGUACCUGCAUUACGAUGCAUGUUACUAUAUAAUAAGAUCAUUCAAAUUAAAGUUUGGUAAAGUCAUGAAUGGAUUACAUUAGAGAAUGUAAAUGAUGUUAAUAUCACUGUGGUAUUAAAUAUUGUGUAGAAGUUUGAAAGGAUCAAUUAAAUAUUCAGAAAUGAUUGAAAUCUGUCCUGGUUUUUCUGGGUAACAUUCAAAUCAGAGUUGUCCACAGGGUGGUGCAAAUACACCUGAUGAUGUUUGGUGACUGACACCAGAAGAAGAAGAACUUUUGCACAUGAGCAGUUUUGUCGCAACAAAUUUUUUUUACUACUGUCAUUAAACACAAAUUGCAUUUAUGGACUACGAGCAAGACUAAUGUUGUAUAGUCUGUUUGGGCUCUCAUUCACGACGCUUCACCACACAGAUCAUUUAGUAGUUGUUUAGUAGUACUGAUCAGGGAUCACAUAAACACCGCAACAGUUCACUCUCUAAUCUUGUGUGUAGAAGAUUUCUUCCGCUUUCUUUCUUUUGCCUUCAAGUGCCAGGAGGAAAGAUGGAUCAUUUCAGUGUUAUUUCAGCUGCCUCUAUCCCAGGUGACUGUAGAGUCCACUUACACAGAUUGCUAACUAGCGUAGUUACACUGGAAGGAUAACAAAUAAAAAUAAAAAAGGGAGACAGAUAGUAGCGUAUUUACACUUUUUCAAAAUCAGACUAGUAUGCGUCUCAAAAAGUCAGAUUUCUAAUCCCGUUCAGUCCCUCAUCUCCUGCCACUUGACAUGCCCGAGAAAUAUAAUCAAUAAAAGAAAAAAUCACAUGAAUAAUGUGAUUCAAUUGAACAAUCAACUAAGACCUUGCUGUGACUGUUCAGGAUUGUUUUGUCAAAGUACUAUUUCCAAGGUCAAGAAUGAGCUAAUGAUGAAUACCAUGUGAUGUGAUUGAAAGUGGACUUUGAGUUGGAAUUGAUUUUUCAAAUCAAUUGCAUGUGUAGUCUAUUUGUUAUUAAUUUCGGUGUCUGUGAAAUGAAGUAAGUGAGUGGAAAACAACUCACUAAUUUGAAAGUGUAGGAGACAUUUCCUUAUUUUUAAGAUUGUACCAUCGUGAAACUAGAGGCCUCUCUCUCUCUCUCUCUCUCGGUCAUCUCUCUCAUCUCUCGCUCUCUCUCUCUCUCUCUCUCGGUCAUCUCUCUCAUCUCUCGCUCUCUCUCUCUCUCUCUCUCGGUCAUCUCUCUCAUCUCU